AUGAUGCGGGGAUCAUCACAACAGUUCAUGGGGGUCCCCGGACCCCAAAAGAUCCUCAAGACCUUCGGCUCGCUCUGGCUUUCACAAACUUCAAAUGAGAAUAUCAACUCCGGAACUUCCUCAUCAUGCCCUGGCUCAGAAAUAAGUUGCCAGGCCAAUUACCACGGUCAAGACACCUGCUGUUUCAACUACCCCGGCGGCCAGAUGCUGCAGACACAAUUCUGGGACGUGGACCCUGCACUCGGCCCUGAAGACGCAUGGACUAUUCAUGGAUUAUGGCCCGAUCACUGCAACGGCGGCUUUGACCAAUUCUGCGACUCCAAACGCAAGUACAGCAACGUUUCUCUGAUUAUAGUCGACGCGGGCCGGGCAGACUUGCUCGAAUUCAUGGACGAGUAUUGGAAGGAUUUCCGUGGUGACGAUAACAACCUGUGGCAACAUGAAUGGAACAAGCAUGGCACUUGUGUCAGCACCCUGGAACCACAUUGCUACGAGGAUUACCUGCCACAACAGGAAGUUGUGGACUACUUCGACAAAACUGUUGAGCUUUAUAAGGAGUUGCCUACACAUGAGUUCCUGGCCAGUGCUGGCAUCGUACCAUCUCAAACACAUACCUAUGCUCUCGCCGAUAUUGAAGCUGCUCUGGAACAAGCCCACGGAAACCCUGUCACUGUUCGUUGCCGAAAUGGUGCCAUCAAUGAGGUUUGGUACUAUUUCAAUAUCGCAGGAAGUCUACAAUUGGGGAAGUUCCUCUCUGCGGGUCCAGAUGGCCAGAAGUCCAAUUGCCCCUCCAAGGGAAUUAAGUACCCACUAAAGCAUGCUCGGCAUGAGCCUGCCCCGACAACCACAGGCGGUCACCCCCAACCCACGGCGCCAGGGACUCCGUUUUCAGGCCGAGGUAACUUGAUUGUGGAGAGGCUUAACAGAAAGCAUGGCUGUAUCAUCAGUUACGGAACUUGGUUCUCAUCAGGCACCUGUGCAACUUUCCAUACCGAGAAGCUAUCAGAUGACAUAUUUACUCUGAAAUCUAGCAAGGGGCCCUGUGCCUUUGAGCGAGAUGCCCUUGCUUGCGGGCCUCACAUCGAGACGCCAAGCGAGUUCACCGCCAAGGAUGGUAAGCUCGCUUACAGUGGUCACACUGCUUUCUAUGCUUCCAAUCCACCCAAGGGGCGUACACAGAGUACUGUAUAUGCUUCGCAAGGGGGACGGCCUAUUGAGAUCGAGAUCGCCUGGGUUUCAAAGUAG